GCCGAGCGCUUCAACCGGAUUCGGGGAUCGCGCAAAGUGUGCGUUCAACAAAGUGUAGAUGUGUGUGUAACCACACUAGUGAUGAGCUACGCUGGGACGCAGAGCAGGUGAUACACUAGACCCAGUUGAGAAGUACAAAAGUCAACUGAUGACGGAUUGAAUAGAGACUCACCUGCACAGUGCGUGAAUUGAAAAAAUGGCGAGGAUCAGAAUUGUAUACGCCCCAGAUGCGCGGUCCUCUGGCACCGUGCCCCAACCCAAAGCGAAUGCACUUGACAAUGGACGUGUGGUAGACGUGAAACGUGAAAACCCAAAUGACUAUUUGGACUUGCUCAAGCCGAAAAAGGGACCUGGACGGAUGGAAUUCAACCCUUACCUCCCAAAGACUUUGACCCCAAAAGGCCAGGCCAAGGUGAAACUCAUGAUGAGCGUGGCUAGCAAGCAGUACGAGAGUUUGGUCCGUCGAUUGAAAAGAGACGGUACCCUGUGGGAGGAUCCAGACUUUCCUGCCAGCGACAGCUCAAUUGACAUACCGAACAUGAGGGGAAAACUCGAAUGGAAACGGCCCAAGGAAAUUAACCCCAGCGCCCAAUUCUUCGUUGGUGGUGUCAGCCGAUUUGACAUUGAACAGGGUUCCGUGGGUGACUGUUGGCUUCUCGCCGUGAUUUCUUCAAUUUCAAGCUAUCCGCAACUAUUCUAUCAAGUCGUCCCACCAAAUCAAGACAUGCAGGGAGCUGGCUAUGUCGGACUUUUCCGUGCGCGAUUUUGGCGCUUCGGUCAGUGGGUGGAAGUGUUAGUGGAUGAUCGCCUCCCCGUCUACCGGGGCACUACUAGGCUCGCCUUUAUGCAAUCGGCGGAUGACAGUGAAUUUUGGUCCCCACUCCUCGAGAAAGCGUAUGCAAAGCUGUGUGGUUGCUACAACAAUCUGUCUGGAGGCACCCAAGCUGAAGCCAUGGAAGAUGUCACUGGAGGGAUUUGUGAAACUAUUCGGUUGGAUCCGAAAAAUCGGCCAAGUGAUUUACUCAAACAGAUGGUUAUCUACACCAAACGGUGCUGCCUGAUGGGGUGUUCAGUAGAUUCCACGGAAAUCGAAGCGAAGUUGGACAAUGGAUUGAUAGCUGGUCAUGCCUACAGUGUGACAGGAGUCAAGCCGGUCACGUAUAUGGGUCGACAACAGUACCUGGUUCGCUGUCGAAAUCCAUGGGGAGGACACCACGAAUGGAGAGGCGCUUGGUCCGAUAAGGCGCCGCAGUGGUCUAGCGUUGAUCCAAGAGAAAAACAAGAAUUGGAGCUCCAAUUUCGAGACGAUGGUGAAUUCUGGAUGUCCUUCGAGGACUUUGUCUCCUGUUUUUCUCGGCUGGAAGUUUGCCACCUUGGCUUGGAAAGCCUGGAAUACAAUCAAGACUUUCGUGGCCAGAGACGUUUGGAAGAAACCAUUUUCUCCGGUCAAUGGGAAGUCGGCGUCAAUGCUGGCGGCUGCAUAAACAACAGAGGUUCGUUCCAUACAAAUCCUCAGUUCCGGAUCAAAAUCGAGGACCCUGAUCCCAAUGACGAAGAGCAGUUAGCGACGGUCACCGUGGGGUUGAUGCAACGGGACGUGCGUAAGCAGAAGGGUUCUGAUUUCGAAACCAUAGGAUUUAUGGUGUACGAUGUGCCUGAUGAUCAGCAAACUUUACUGUCUCGGGCGCAAUUACUGACGAAGAAAGCCAUCGGAAGCUCUCCGUUCUCAAACACACGAGAAGUGACCAAAACAUUCCGGUUGAAACCUGGUUCGUACGUGUUUAUUCCAAGUACCUAUGAACCAAAUGUUGAGGCCCGCUUCGUUCUGCGCAUCUUGUAUCAGGUUGCAGUCACCGACAUGGAACUGGACGAUCGCAACGCGUGCAACGAACUGAGUGAGGAUGUAAUUGAAGCACUGAAGUUGGAAGACAUGGUCCUGAAUGAAGAUCAAGAAAUCGAAAUAAAGUUCAAUCAAAUGGCUGACAAGGAUACCAAAGCUAUCAACGCUUUACAGCUUCAAGAGUUACUCAAUGGCAGCUCGCUGCAAGAUGUUCCUGGAUUUGGAGGUUUCACAAAGGAAGUAUGCAGAAGUAUGGCAGCAGCAUGUGAUCUAAAGAGCAAACUAUGUUCCCACUGUGAAACCCUCGCAAGGAAGCAACCGUCAACUUUCGCCGGUGCAACUGACCAACCUGCGUAGUACAACAAUUAUCUGCACAGACGCCUUACGCGCGAUCAUAUGGCUCACGGACGCAAUACACGAAGCACGAGGACCCAGUCAUCUGACCUUGGCUUGCUCAUCGGCGACCAGAUACUGGGCGACGACGAUGCGCCACGUACCCGCAAGCAGAGUAACGAUUAUGCGGCAACGACGGUCAUAACACAGGUAACCCGAAACGAAAUAUAUUUGGCUAAACAAACCUAUGCUAAGGUAGGAAAAGUAGGCUUGACAUGUGCAAACUGCAUUAGACGGUACCCUACGAAGUGCGUCACAGUCUGGCGCACCAAAUCAAAGAAAUAUACUGCACCCAGCACACUUUGGUUCUGUCCCGAGUGUACAGCUGUUCUAUUGGUAAAAUGCGU